UGGAGAUGGGUGAAUGGCUACAACCUCCAGGCUACUCUGGCACAACAGAAUCGUGGAACCAAACCUGGGAGUACAGCUAUUUUCCAUUUGAAGAGGGUGCUGCGGACAAUGUUAUUUUCAUGGCUCGGCUGUUCAUCGGUGUUACUCUGGCUUGUGUCAUGCUGGUGUGUGGCGUAGGGAAUGUCCUCUUCAUCCUGACCUUGGCCAUACACAAGAAGUUACGUAGCGUCACCAAUAUUCUAAUUGCCAACUUAGCAGUGUCCGACCUACUUGUGGCAAUCAUCUGCUGCCCUUUUGAGAUGGAUUAUUAUGUGAUACGUCGGCAGUCUUGGGCUUUUGGCCGCAUGCUCUGUUCUUCCGUCAGCUAUUUAAGGAUGAUGUCGCUGUAUGUCUCCACCAAUGCUCUCCUGGCUAUCGCAAUAGACAGAUACCUUGUAAUCAUACACCCCCUGAAACCGCGCAUGAACCCACAGGCGGCUUACGGAAUACUACUAUUGAUCUGGCUUUCAUCUACUUUUAUUGCUGUUCCCGUUGCUUACUUUGCUACUGAAACUGUAUUUGAUACUCCUCUGCAACCCGCAAGGAAGGUGUUCUGUGGCCAGAUCUGGACUGCUGAUAAAGCCAUCUUCUACAAAUCGUACGCGCUCUUCCUGCUGAUCGCACAGUUUGUGUUACCGAUAGUAUUUAUGAGUCUGUGCUAUGUUCAAAUCUGUCAUGAACUUUGGUUCAAGAACUUGCCAGGUGUCCAGACAGAACAGCUGAGAGGCCGCUUGAAGGCCAGGAGGAAAACCGUGUUAGUGUUGGUAGCUGUGCUCUUUUCGUAUAUUGUCUGCUGGACCCCGUUUUACAGCUAUACCAUUGUGAGGGAUUUCUUCCCGAGUGUACUGCUAAGGGAGAAGCAUGCCAUAGCGCUUUACUACAUAGUAGAGUGCAUUGCCAUCAGCAACAGCAUGAUCAACACUCUCUUCUUCAUAACCGCAAAGAAUCAGCCUGACCACUGCUUAAGAAGGCUAAAAAGCUCUGCUUCCAUUGACAGAAAUACUACUUUUCAGGAAUGCAAAACAUCUAACCAUCCAACAGCAGUGUAAAGCUAUGAGAAUGUUUUUAGCGACACAAACUUUAAUAACAUGUUUUUACGAAAGACGACAAAUAUAUAUUUUUAAAAUCUAAGCGAAUUUCUCCAUAACCACAUGCAACUGGUCAAGUCAAUAUUAAAUUAACAGUAAUCUUAAA